CAGUUUAUAAGCUCCAGUUAGGCACUUGUUUUGUUCCUUUUCGUGUUUGGUUCAUCCUUCUCUGUUAGUUCAACUGCUAUCUCAGCAGUUUCUCACAUUAAACAAACCCAUCCUUCCAUUGCUCUAUAUUAUUUCCAUCUUGGUGCUAAGUAACCUAAUUCUCACUUAUUAUUAUAUUCAAUCAAUGUUCUCUACUAGGGUGGGUGUCUUCUCCCCAUCUUAUUCAAUUCACUUAAUAAUAAUUAAACUCUUCACUCCCACCUUUUCAUUCAAGAUUUAGCCAUUAACUCACUGUUUCAAGUUUCAACUCAAUCUAAUUACUUUCCCCCAAAUGGGUCAUCUGCUAAUCAAGAUAAAGCUUGCAUCUUUAUUGAUUUAAGCCAACUUAUUAUGGAUCUGGAACCUGGGUUUCAUCAGAUUCAUCCAAAGAAACAGUCAUGGGCAACAGUUUUGACAUUGGCUUACCAAAGUUUGGGUGUGGUUUAUGGAGAUUUGAGCACAUCACCCUUAUAUGUGUUUAAAAGUACUUUUGCUGAAGAUAUUGUGCAUUCAGAGACUAAUGAGGAAAUAUUUGGUGCACUUUCUUUCAUUUUCUGGACUCUGACUUUAGUCCCUUUGUUGAAAUAUGUAUUCAUUGUGUUGAAAGCUGAUGAUAAUGGUGAAGGAGGCACAUUUGCACUCUAUUCUUUGCUUUGUAGACAUGCUAGAGUGGGUUCAUUGCCUAAUUGUCAACUGGCUGAUGAAGAAUUGUCAAGCUAUAAAAAUGAAACACCUAAUUUAGCUUUGACUUCCUUUGGGUCAAGACUUAAAUCCACUUUGGAGAAAUAUAGAGUUUUGCAGAGGUUUUUACUUGUCUUGGCUCUUGUUGGAGCUUGUAUGGUCAUUGGUGAUGGUGUUCUAACCCCUGCCCUUUCAGUGUUUUCAGCGGUUUCGGGUGUGGAACUUGCAAUGGCCAAAGAACAUCACAAAUAUGUAGAAGUCCCGGUUGCAUGUAUCAUACUGAUAGCAUUGUUUGCACUACAACAUUAUGGGACCCACAGGGUCGGGCAUUUGUUCGCACCCGUGAUCAUAAUAUGGCUCUUUAGCAUCAGUUCAAUCGGCUUAUACAAUAUCAUUCACUGGAACCCUCACAUCUACAAAGCGUUAUCCCCUGUUCACAUGUAUAAGUUUCUCAAGAAAACGCAAAGCGGAGGCUGGAAAUCUUUAGGGGGUAUCCUAUUAUGUAUCACAGGGUCGGAAGCUAUGUUUGCUGAUCUUGGACACUUUUCACAGUUGUCUAUACAAAUAGCUUUUACGUCGUUUGUUUAUCCAUCUUUAAUUCUCGCGUAUAUGGGGCAAGCUGCGUAUUUAUCUCAGCAUCACGUUAUCGAAAACGACUACCAGAUUGGGUUCUACAUCUCUGUACCCAAGAGUUUGAGGGUGCCGGUGCUGUUAAUAGCCAUACUCGCUGCAGUUGUCGGAAGUCAAGCAAUAAUUACGGGGACCUUUUCGAUUAUAAAACAAUGUUCUUCUCUCGGAUGCUUUCCGAGGGUCAAAAUAGUCCAUACCAAUUCAAAAUUUCACGGGCAAAUAUAUAUCCCGGAGAUCAACUGGAUCUUGAUGACGUUAUGCUUAGCCGUUACCAUCGGAUUUAGAGAUACCAAACGCAUGGGCAACGCUUCAGGUUUGGCGGUUAUAACGGUCAUGUUGGUUACAACUUGCUUGAUGUCUCUUAUCAUCGUCUUAUGCUGGCACCAAAGUGUUUUUCUUGCAAUCGGUUUUGUUGUGUUUUUCGGGAUGAUUGAAGCGUUGUACUUUUCGGCUUCUCUUAUCAAGUUUCUAGAAGGAGCGUGGGUCCCGAUAGCACUCUCGCUCAUUUUCAUGCUUGUGAUGUACGUGUGGCACUAUGGUACACUUAAAAAGUACGAUUUUGACGUCCAAAACAAAGUAUCGGUUGAUUGGCUACUGAGCCUGGGCCCGACACUUGGCAUAGUCCGGGUUCGCGGAAUUGGGCUUGUUCAUACCGAGCUGGUUUCGGGCAUCCCUGCGAUCUUUUCUCAUUUUGUAACCAACCUCCCAGCUUUCCACCAAGUGCUUAUUUUUCUUUGUGUGAAAUCAGUCCCGGUCCCACACGUAAGCCAUGAAGAACGGUUUCUAGUGGGGCGUAUCGGGCCACGAGAGUACCGUGUGUAUCGGUGCAUAGUCAGGUAUGGUUACCGUGAUGUUCACAAGGAUGACGUGGAGUUUGAAAAGGAUUUGGUUUGUAGUAUAGCAGAGUUUAUCAAGAAAGAGAAAGACAGUUGUAUCCCUGAUGGGGAUGGUAAACCGGGAAAUGACGAAGAGGUGAUGAGGGUUGUGGGGACGCAUGUAGAAAUCCGCACGGAAUGCGAAGACGGGCCCGAGGUCGAGGAAAUAAAACCGGUGAGGAAAAGGGUGAGAUUUGUGGUACCGGAGAGCCCAGAGAUGGAUAAUGAUUCACGGGGUGAGUUACGAGACCUAAUGGAGGCUAGGGAGGCCGGGGUAGCCUACAUUUUGGGACACUCGUACGUGAAAGCAAAACAAGGGUCGAGUUUUGUUAAAAAGAUUGUUAUAAAUUUAGGUUAUGAGUUUUUGAGGAGAAAUAGCAGGUCUUCGACGGACGCUUUAACGGUACCGCAUGCUUCCACCCUUGAGGUGGGAAUGGUAUAUCAUGUGUGAAUGUUUUUGUAAAUGUUUUUUUGUGGUGGUUUGAGGUUUUGAAAGAAGAUAGUAGCAGAUAAAACUAAUAGGUAUACUUUCUAUUUGGUUUCCACUUUUUUAUAUAUUAUUGUAUUUAUUUUGGUGUAGUUUCUCUAUAAAUGAUUACCUUUCUCUCUUAUAGAAUGUAAUUUUUAAUCUAUGGAUGUAUUAUGUAUACAACAUAUUAAUGCACAAA